UUUCGUCUCCGCUUUCGCUUUCUGGGCGAGUGAGAGACGCAACGAAGAAGAGGAUUGCCGCCAAGCUCCACUCGCAGUAGCAGGAUCUGUGCAAUUGCAGCAUCAGAGUUGCAAUCUUCGCUUGUUUAGGGUGAGGGAGCGAGAGACACACGCGCACUGACUACAGCUCGGCGAGAUGGAGGUCUCUUUGGACCCCUUGCCCCUGAAACGGGUGCUGGCUAUGGAGGAGAGUGGCACGGAGCUUCUUCCGCCGCAUCGAAGACUCUUAAUUGCAACCCUUUCUAACUAGCGAACAGCUUAUUACUGAAGCAAUCUAAGUAGGAAGGAACAUUGCUCCCAUGGUUUCGCUGGAACUGCACAAUUUGGAGGUCGAACGACAGGGUUUUACACAUAUUUUUAGGAGAGCCAAGUCAAGAGGAAAAAUCUCUUGCAUUGCUAGGUCGACUUGACUUUGGUCAAGAGUUUAAAAAAAUAAAGAAAGAGGAAGAUGGCAAUAAAAAAGAGGAGAAAGAAAAGGAGAUAGUUCAAGUGUGGCCUUGGCAAGGACUUGUAGACCAUUUGCAGCAGGCGCACCACGAGUUGGCAAUCAUCCUUGACAUGAUCAAUCAUGUGGAAGCAGGCGAAGCAGUGGCUGUUGCAAGGAUGGAAAGACCAAAACUACAGCCGCAGGAGAUAUGCUCUGACGUGGCCUUGCGAGCCUCCUCUAAACUCCAUCACUUUCGUAAUGUGGGAAAAUACUUAAAACGUUCGGCACAAUCAUUGGAGCAACAAGUUGAAAGAGAGGCAGUUUUUUAUGGGGCUCUUAUGAGACUUCAGCGGAACUGGAAAGUCAAGCGGCAACGUGGAGUAGCAGCUGGUCCAGGUGGCAGUGCAGGGUUCUCUAUUGAUGUAGGAACUUCUGAAAGCGCCCCUUGUCUUAUAACACUUGAGCAGAACUCAGUAGGCUUGUUAACAGCUCAUCUUCCCGCUGCACUCACUCUAUCGUCCCUGCAUGUUACUCUUCUCUCAACGCCAGCUCCGUUCAAAUUUGGGAAAGAUACAGAGCGUUUGUCAGCUACUAGUAAAGAGGGGACGUCUGAUGCUACGGUCUUGCCAGAAGCACCUAAGCCGGGGGAGAGGGGCGUUGGACCAGGUGUAGACAGGGGCGCCACAAGAACUCAAGCUAUGCUUCGGCAAAUUCAGACUGCUAACUUCGAUGCUCAGGUGUUCGAGUGGGUUGGACGGCAGGCAUUGUCAUUAUCGCCUUACAUAAACGUCACUGGCCUUAGCGACACAUGUCUGCAGCUGAGUUUGGGCAAUGCUGCCUCUCUUAACGUGCACCUCACUCCCAUGGCUCCUAUAGCUGAUGAAUCUCAAGGGUCAGAUAAGGUUCUUGCUCCUAGAACACCAGAUCAUCAGAAUCCGAGGCUGCUCCCAAAUGAAGGAAGUCUGAGUGUCUGCUUGCAGCAGGCUUACCAGCGUCAUCUGCAUGGGAGGGAUGAUAAUGCACUUUCUAAGGAGACGGGAAAACAUAAGGAUGGAUAUGCCGAGUCAGCUGGAUUGGUCAAGCAUGUCUCAGCUAUCAUGAAACACCGUGUUGCGAGUGACAAAAUUAUUUCAGUGCUUGAGAAACAGGUUCAUGGAGUUCCAGAGCUCCGGUUUAUAUCACAUCCCACAUGGCACGCUCAGGUGUCAACCUGGGAUCUUUGGUUAGAUGUUCCGGAUUCAGCGUUGUUGGGCAGAUGGCAGGCUAGUGUUGUGUUGAGAGAAGACAUGUUGACAAUUGCAGGACUGCCAUCUGGAAAUGGUAACAGACUGACUUCAACAGCAUGUACGUUGUCAGAGCUCUCACCCUUCCUCCUCUUUCAGAUGGCAGCCCAUUUGGUGACCUGGCUGCAUGCUGAAGCAUCAGGCAUGGGUGUGGAAGCUCGCCUCGAUUCUCUGAGUAUUACAUUUGAACUGGAUAACUUUGAGGAUGUUUCUCUUGUUGCGUCUCCAGCAGUUAAAUCCCACACUAUAAAUUGGUCAUUGAGGCUAUCAGGCAGCAGAACAGAAGAUUCUGAUGCUACAUCACGGUUUCUGGGUCCCUUGCCGUUAGAGACACUCAGGGCUAUUGUUAUUGAUCUUAUGAAUGAGAAGUUGGAUGUAAAACCUGCUGGUGAUGCUUCUCUACGCGGCGAAGGUUUUUUUGGAGCUUAAUAAAUUUGAUCAUCACGCAGGCGCUUGAUUGAAGAUUCCGUAAAGAGCUUGUUGUACCAGUGGAUGGUUUUCAAGUAUACGUACUUUAUCAUGUCAAAUACAUGCGAGCGGUUCUUUUCCAAUGCAAUUCUGAACGUUCAACGUUCCUACAUUUGUACAUUACCCGGAAACUCAUUAUACAAUGGCAAUAUAAUCAGCUAUUGUCAAGUAAAUUGUGAGAGUACUCUUCAAUGGUGGGGCAUUUUUUAAUUUAAUUUUCUUUUACCCAUAAUUCACAUGCACAGGGUGACUUCGAGAGAUAGCUUUAGAGAUGCGUCUCUGACAGAGAUUGAACUGCCUUUUCAUUAAAGAUAUGUCAUUAAAAGGGAACAUCUUCAUCACCUAGAGUAGACUGACUAUACAUUGUUGUUAAUGGCUGAUGUAGUGACAAGAGCCCACUCCUUAAGUUCUCCUUGUUUAGAGAUUGUUUUUCUGUAGCAAAAUUAUGAUAACAGAGAAUGCAACAAGCUGAUUUGAAAGA